AUGCAAGAUGCUCCUCGCGGAGUCUAUCCCCUCAUCUGGACAUGGGCAUGGGGUGGAGCACAGAAAUCUCCUCCACGUGUAUCUGCAUUCCAGAGGGGCCAAAGUGUACUCGGUCGGGUGAUCGGAUAUCGUCUCAUUAUCGACCGGGAUAGGCUCAUGCUCGCACAUGUCACCUUGCCUGGAUGCGAGAGACAAAGAGAAGUAUCAGGAAGCUUGAGGAGAGGUCUUUACACGUGGAUGGAGUUCACUGCUGUCGUGUCAGCUGGAAGGUGUUCAUCAUCCCUGGCCACUAAUUACGCUUGCCUUUGCAGAGACCCCAUGCUAAAAUGUCCCGGGGAGACCUACACGCCGACGGGAGUGCCUCAUCCGGUGGUGGGUGGUGGGGUUGGUGGCUUCUAUCAAGGAGGAGGAGGAGGUGGGACGAGGAGUGAAGCUCAGAACCUGCAGGGCUCGUCGUUUCGGGAACAGUUGUCUUUGAUGUCUUCAUGGUUAUGCGGUUGGGGCCCCGGUGAGAAGGCCCUUGCUUUGGCCUUCCUUCAUCGACGUCUUUCACCCGCCGGAGACCUCCUUCAAUCCUCUCCCGACAAGGACCUCGUCAUACUUGAAACUCAAGCCAACAGCCCCGUCCGGGACGCGGGGACAAAAGGAGGGUUUCGUACCUAUUGGAACGAACAGGUACGAGGCCCAUCAUUUUUGAGGGGAAAUGGGACGAUGACCUGGCUUCACCCAGGAGGGGAGAAGGGGAGAAAGAGAGAGAAUCGAUUCGAUGCUUUCCUGUGCUCGCUGCAUGGUGAAGGGAUGUCCUCACUGGUGUCGCAGCUCCUCUCACAUCUGCCGCUCCUACAUCCUGGGAACUCCGAGGCCAAAAUGCAGUAUUUCCAGCUCCUCCAUAAGGUGUUCCUUCAUUGCAAGGAGACAGGAGAUCAGCACGAGGAAUUCCAGCAGCUGCUUCUUUGCUGCCUCAAUCACCCAGCCAUAUCAAAUGAUGAGAAGAGAGUCUUGACCGUGUGGUGGGGAUAUUUAGAAGGCCAUUUGGAAGGUGGAGGAGCAUUGCUUCAGCAACCGGUCCCUGCUUUGGCUCACAUCCUUCCACCACCUCCAUUAGCUUCAAAUGCAUGGAGAGCACCUGGAUCUUCUCAACAGACUCCAAAUGGUUGUAACCCAGGGCCAUCAAUCACGAAUGGGGAUCUGAUCUCACCUGUCUCAGUCUCCAAUGGUCAUCACUGUCCACCCAGCCCCACACUGAAUGGACAUCACAUGCUCACAUCCACUCACUCUGAAUCACCCACUGCUAAUCCAUCAUCCUUCUCCAAUUCUGGAAAUGGAUCUUCGUAUACUGUGGCUGGGUUGAGAGUGAUGCGGAGCAACAGUUUGACCCCAGGCACGAAUGGAAUCGUCGGUCACUGGUUGAAAGGCGAGAUUGACUCCACAAUCACCAAACCUCGCUCCCUUUCCCUCCAGUUGUCCCGUGCUCCACUCUCACCUCAAAAUUCCCAUAUCUCCAUGUCUUCAUCGUCCAGUUCGUCAGGGAGCACAGAGCUUCAGGCAGACGAACCCAAGAGCAGCUUCAACACUGAGGGCUCAGGCAUGCGGGAUGUCCCGAUGUGGCUCAAGAGCCUUCGGCUGCACAAGUACCUGCACCUCUUUGCUCAUAUGACUUAUGAGGAAAUGAUGGGGCUAACAGAGGAGAAACUAGAGAGCCUGGGGGUGACCAAGGGUGCUCGCCACAAGAUGGUGCUCAGCAUCGAUCGGCUCAAGCAACGCCAAUCUCAGGUCCGCCAGAUGGAACAGGAUCUGAUCUCGGGUGAGAUGAGCCUGAGUACAGUGUUGUCUACGCUCAAGGGGAUCCUGGAGACUCCAAUCAAAGCAUACAGUCACCGGGUCCAGUUGGAUGAAGCAGGAGAAGCAGAAACUGAACCUGCCAUUCCUGAAGGGGAUCUCCCCGGUCAACUCAUGACCUUCCCCCGUGUGUUGGUGGAUGAAAGUCCAUCUGUGGAAGACUGCAUUGUGCCAUACCUGCGUCUGUGUGAUCGGGUCAUGAGUCAUGAGGCCUUUGGUAAUGAUCAUAAGAAGCGACUUCGUGCCUGGCAGGUCCAGGUCCAGAAGCUCUACAUGGGCAGGUCUCAAAAGAGAUGGAAUGGACAUUAUGGAGACCGAUACAAUGGGUUGAGAGGAGGCAAAUUUGCUCACAGUGUCCGAGGAAAACCACCAUCUGGUUCCUGUUUCUCCUACAUUUCACAGCAUCAAGGACAUGGUGGACCUGGUCAAGGAGUGACCUUUGGAAUCCUGAGCCCUCCAUCAUCAUCGAAUUUCCUUACUCCUUCCAAGCAGUGUUCGCUUCUCACCAAAAGACCCAGCUUACAGGAGCCAUUGCGGCCUCACGUGACUCUACUUCGCACCAAGUCUGCACCGAUUGCCCGCCCAUGUCCAUCACUGUUCUCAUCGCUGAACAUUGACGAGCCUCUGUCCCCGACAGACUCUGAUCUCAACACACGUCUGGAGUCUCUCUGCCUGUCUGUCACCGAACACGCUCUCAGUGGGACCUCUGAUCUCUGAGUGAUUGAGUUCAUUCUGUCCCACCCCAGGUUUGACAAAGUAUCUGUGCAUGCAACAGGAGACAUCAGUGUGAGAUUAUGAAAUGAACAGAAGAGCUUGGGCCUGUUUGGAUGAAAGGGGAUAUGAGCCAAAGAAAUAUCUCUUUUCUCUUCUAACCUGUGAGAUGGGUGCUUUGGAAGCAAGACCGGGUGGCUGGAACACCUAGGGAGUUUGAUCAUAGAAGCUUCUAGCUGGUUCUUUUGAUGUCGUGACACAAAUAGCCCAACAGUCCUCGUACAUGUGUUCAGUAUAAUCUUGACUUGGAUUUCCCAGGUAACAGGGACAGGUAAUGAUAACUGCCACUUCUAAAUCUAAACCCUUUUUCUCUCUUUUUUUUCCAUAUUCUCACACACACAUACAGCACAUCUAGGCCUAGGAUUUAUAUUGUACGGCACCUCAAAAAAAAAGGGAACGAAAGGGUAAAAAAAAUCCCAUGCACCCCUUCUCAGUUAGGCAUGAUCUCAUAGACCAUCUCCU